UGCUGUUAAUAUUUCUGAUUUUUUAACGUUUUCUUGGUUUUUAGGCGCAUGGCCAAAAGCUACGCAUCGAGCUGUUUGACGAAGACCAAGGUCAGGAUGAAGAGCUUGGCAGGCUGAGUAUCGAGCUGAAAGAUAUCCAGGCAAAAGGAAGCAUUGACAACUGGUUCCCACUAGAAGGCUGCAAACAUGGUGAUCUUCAUCUGAAAGCCACCUGGAUGAACCUUUCCAAGGAAAAACGUCAUCUUGAGAAACAGCAGUGGGAGAGUGAAUGGCUACAAGCUGAUAAACCUAUCCAUCCCGCUUUAUUGAUGGUAUACGUAGACUCCGUUUCUGAUCUACCGUAUCCGAAGUCAAAACUUGAACCGUCGCCAUUCGUUGAAGUGACGUUAGGCAAAAAUGCUCAACGCACACCUGUUAAGGUAAAAACCGUAAAUCCUCUUUAUCAGUCCAAGUUCCUCUUCUUUGUCAGACAUCCAGAAGGACAAGAGCUGAAGUUUGAGAAACAGCAGUGGGAGAGUGAAUGGCUACAAGCUGAUAAACCUAUACAUCCCGCUUUAUUGAUGGUAUACGUAGACUCCGUUUCUGAUCUACCGUAUCCGAAGUCAAAACUUGAACCGUCGCCAUUUGUUGAAGUGACAUUAGGUAAAAAUGCUCAACGCACGCCUGUUAAGGUAAAAACCGUGAAUCCUCUUUACCAAUCCAAGUUCCUCUUCUUUGUCAGACAUCCAGAAGGGCAAGAGCUGAAGUUUGAGGCAAUCGAUGACGGUACACGAAAGACUCUUGGUUCGCUGACUAUUCCGCUGACUCAGCUCAUAAAGGAACCAGAAUUGGAAUUCUACCAACAGACCUUCAUGCUUACUUGGGGAGUUCACCAAAGUCCUAUAGUUCUCACCGUCAGACUCAGGGGCUUCGUGCCUGCGGAUGGGGAGAAACCAGGCAACAAACCAAUUGAAAUCAACAGCAAAGCAAUAGAUCACAGUGAUGAAAUACUAAUUCGUCAUAAUACUUAA